AUGGUCGCCAAAAAAAAAGUCGAAAAGUCUAACCGUGGAGGGUGUUUUCUUUGUGGUGGUACCGGUCACUACAAACGCGAUUGUCCGGACUUAGAGGAAAAACCACGCGAAAGAAGAGCACAAGUCAAGUACGCGCGAUCGGAAGAAGAGUUUACACAUCCAAAACCGAAAACUUUUCAAGUUUCUCAGGUGAAUGACACUAUGGAGAAGCGUAAUGCAAAAAUUAGUGAAGUUGUGAAACAAGUCUCCAAGGAUUUUGACUCAUCUCGCUGGUAUUUUGAUAUUGGUAUUAAUGCACACAUCACGGGCAUGGAUAAUUGCGAUUGA